AUGGCUCUUUCGCGGAGCAUCAGAUCCUUCCUUUUCAUUCUUCUUUUCGUUUAUAACACCAACGCUGCUCCAGGUACUAGCUUACCACAUCUUGGCCGUCGAGAUGAUGCCGAAACCGCGGUUUUAGGCGAGAAUACUACCGCCCUUGAGCCUGUAGUCCCUCCUGAAGUCGACCCCAAAGACUUCUCUAUCUUCGAACUCGAUACCCAUGUCAUGCUGGCAUGGGCUGGCUCACCAGGCUCAGAGCCAGGUACCAAGCGAAUGCGGAAGCGUGACGAUGGUAUCUUCUCUCAGGCCAAUUUCACCUUCCAGUACCCUGUUGUCCCUCUCGAUCAUUCAAAGUUUGUCUCAACCGUCACUUGUACAAAGGGAACUCUUACUGGUGUUAUCUCCCACACUGCUGCUUACAACUAUGCUAAGAGCCAGUGGAAGGGUAGCAAAAAGAUCAUCUUCAUCACAUCAACUGACGGCUGUGGUGAGGAUCAUGCAAACGAUUUGUUCCUGGCCCAGUCCAUCACCUUCUUCGAUGAUACAAAUAUCUUUGUAGCCAAAGGUGCUACAACCGAAUAUGCUGAUGUCUAUGAACGGUUCACUCUUAAUUGGGGUCCACUUGGGACUCUAAACGUGAGACGUGCCCUCGAUAAGAGAGCCAUGUUUGAACCACAUGCUCUCGACAAACGUGGGACAAGUACCUACACCCUUGAAUGGAAUCGAUACCUGCAUGAUGCAGAUCCUGAUUCUGGAAUGCCUGGCCCAGACCCUGAUGCUCCAUGGGACAGUGCUGCAAAGCUCAUCGAGUGGGGGAGUGAAGGUGGUGAAAAGGACGACUCUUACGCCAAAGGCGAAGUUGCUGACCCAAAUGGCCAUCACAAACGUGGGGACAACUCCAGUCUCAUCGAGCGUGAUCUCUCCUAUGGGCUCGUCUUAUACUGUGUCGAGUGUGGAUUCAGUGGUAAAGCGCAACUUACAGGCACUAUUGAAGCCAGCAUUCUGUCUGGCAUCACAGUCGCCGAGGUAGGGUUCCAAGCCCAGUUUAAGGCUGGCUUGAACCUCGGCCUAAAGGCGUUCGUCAAAUAUGAAAAGGAAUGGAGCAAAGACUUUAUUGAAAUAACCAUCGGAUCAUUCGGAAUCUAUAAGUUAUUCGAGGUUGGACCCUACAUUGGCGUCGGUAUCGAAGCUGGGAUCACCAUCGAAGCCACAGGCACCCUGCUCAUUGGAGCUUCAGUGGAGUGGGAAAACAUCGAUAUCUUGGUUGACUUCCUCGACGACAGUAGAAGUCACUCCAAUGGUCUUAAACCAGUCUUCAAGCCUAGGUCUGAAGCCACUGGAGAGCUCAAGCUAGAGGCUAGCUUAGGAUUACCAGUCAGUGCCGGGGUCAAACUUGGCAUCUUAUUCGAUUAUUGGACUCUCAAGGGGGGUGUGAGGGACACGCCCUCUGUUGUCCUAGAAGGCAGCUUUGAGGCUAACGCAGUCCUUGACGACAAUGGGGACAUUUCCACGAGCAUUGAGGGUGAUUGCUAUGGAAUCGCCUGGAACAUUCACUUCGAAAACGCUCUGGACGCAUUUUAUCAAUGGGACGAUGACGAAGCUGUCAAGUUCCCGUUGAUAGAGCCCUUGAAAUCCGAUCCUAUUGCGGAAGGCUGUAUAGGCUACGUUAAUGACGGAACUGGGGGAGGAGGCUCUGGCAGCGACGACAUUGGCAUGACUGGCAAUGGCAUCGGAGGCGGUGGUAGCGGUAUUUUUGGCAGUCGCCUAGGAUCAAAGCCACUGCCUGCGAUUGACCCUACCGCUGCCAAGAAGACUAAGCCAAAGAGCAACACAAAGUCUACCAAGCAGAAGAGUACAACUCAAAGCAAUAACUCCAAGAGCAGUGGAAAGAAGACCAGCAGUUCGAAAACCACCGGCAAGACAAACAGUAAGCCCGCCACAAACAAGAAACCACAAGCGUCAAAGAACAAGCACGUCAAGACAACCACCACCACCAAACCCAAAGCGACAGUUGCUGCAAAGAAAAUAUCACCUACUUGUACGCCUUAUGUCAUCACCAACGCUAAGCCUCCUUCACAAACUGCCUGCAACAGGAGUGUGACGCGCGCGAGAGCCCCAACCAAGUCUAUAAUUAGCACAACGGCGUCGGUGAAGAGUGUAAGUGCAUGUGCGGAAACUUGUCUGAAGAACAAGCAAUGCAUGAGUUUCGGUUACAACACGGACAAGUCAUGUCAACUUUACAGCAAAGUGUUGAAGAGUCUUGGAGUUGCGCCUGGAAAAGGAAAGACAACAUCGUCAUUUAAUGACAGGAACUGCUAUGCCUAUAGUAAAUGUUCCAAGUAA